AUGGAUAUGUUGGCUAACUUUAUGCUGAGAGGUAUUGAUAAGAACAUGCAGUACAAUAUGAGACACACACACAUCUCUCUCUCUCUCUCUCUCUCUCUCUCAAAACUCUCUGUCACACUCUCUCUCUCUCAAAAUCUCGAGACUCUCUCUGAAACUGUCUCUCUCUCUCUCUACACACACUCUCUCUCUCUUCUCUACUCUCUUCUCUCUCUCUUCUCACACACACACCCUCUCUCUCUCUCUCUUCUUUUUGGUUUCAAUUUUCUAUUUUUCAAGCUCAACAGGACGGCGGCGGCGGCGGCGGUGGCCGGGGUAGCGGAGGGUGAGGAGGGGAUGGCGUCUUCGUUGCCAGCUGUGAGGGGGGAGGGCGUGCUGAGCAAGGCACCGCAAGUGGCCAUGUUUGAUCAUUUGACGCCGGCAACGACAUCGGGGCGGGGCAAGGGAGCUGGGGCGCUGGGUCCGGCCAGUGUGGGCGCGGAUGAGGUCGAGACGCGGGCACGCUCCAAGAGCGUCGUGACGGCCAGUGUGGCUGCCUAUCAGCAGCAGCUCAUGACUACGGCCACGACUGUUGGCCGAUUGCCACGAACGAACCGUCAGGCCGACACGAGCGAGCUGGCGCGCACAACGCAAUUUCAACGUUUCCUGCGCCAACAUGUGCCAGCCAGCGGUGUCGAGAUGGACGCCGAAGCGGCACGUGAAGCACCUGCCGUUGACGCAGCUGACAACACGACGGCCAGUGCCAACCUGACCGUUGCCUUGCACAAUAACCCCCAUCUGGCUCAACCUCUCAUCUCGCAACUACGCGACUACCAAGCCGCUACCAUGCUCAAAAUCGAGCAUUACAAGCAACAACAGCUGGACAUGUUGACGCGCCUGCAACGACACCUCCUGAUGGAGGUCCAAGCCAUGCUACAUGACGAAGAAAAUGCAACGAAUCCCAGCGCGCUGGGGGCUGCAGCCUCGGUCCCCCCCGAAGUGCUUUGCAUCGCCUAUGAAUGCGCCGCCAACGCAGUUGACGCUGGCUGCACUGAAGCGCUGAGUGACUUGGUGGGCCAGGCCGUCGUGGCCCGGGCUUCGCGGCGUCACCAAGAUGGCUUGUUUGUGGCCAACGCCAAUGUGGAGCGUAUGCUACGGAACAUUCGUUUAGACGGCAGCUUGACCGAGCCCUCCGACGACGGUUUGCUCACGGCUUCCAGCGCAGGCAGUCUCCGCAGCCGCACGGCAUCAACAUCCAUGCGGCUGAUGGCUGAUCAGGAGGUAGUGGCCGCACCCAAUGCGCGGGCGCUCCUCCUAGAGGCGAUGCUUGCUGAUGACCACGAUGACGUACCGUCGGACGCCGAGAUUCACAUUGACGACGACGAAGAGGAGGUUGCGCAGGCCUCGGCGGCAGCCGGAGCAGAGCCCACGGAUGCCGAGCUAAAUGCAUUGCUGAGCCGAAGUCAGCCCGUCCACAUCUCGGCUACGGCUUUGCGAAGGCGCAGCGUUGGUGUCACCCAGCUCAAGAACGAUUGCAUUCUAAAGCACAAAAGUAGUUGGGUGUGGCCGAUCCUGUUCAUUGCAUUCUGUGCGCCGCACGGAUUCAAGUGGGGCAAGCAUAACGAAAAGCUGCGCGGCAACACCACCGCCACCAUGGAAGGAGACCGCGAGCAUUUGGCCGCUAUUCAGAAAGAGAAGCUAGAGCUCGAUCGAGAAAUUCAGGCCCUGCGCGAUGAGAUUGCAAGCAUUGUGUUCGAACUCGAAGAAAUUGCCGAGCAAGAGGACCAGCAAAAGGGAAGCCCAGAGCAGGCGCAGGCGCUCCGCGAUGUUAAAAAGGCCUUUAACGAAAAGGCAGCCGAGGGAGUGGAUUUGGCGAUUCAACACGGCAUCAUUCCAGAGGAGACGCCUGCUGCAGUUGCGGCUUUUCUGCUAACUACUCCGGGUCUUGACAAGGCCAAGAUUGGUGACUUUUUGGGCGAGCAUGUACCCUUCAACCUGGACGUACUGAAAGAGUUUUGCUCGCUGCAUGAUUUUACACACGUCACGUUUGACGGGGCCCUGCGCCGCUUUUUGUGGAGCUUCCGACUGCCGGGCGAGUCGCAAAAGAUCGACCGCAUGAUGGAAAGCUUUGCCACUCGCUACCAUGAAUGCAACCCCAACCAGUUUCGCAUGUCCGACACGGCAUAUGUCUUGGCAUUUGCCACCAUUAUGCUCAACACCAGCCUGCACAACCCCAGCAUCAAGGACCGGAUGACACUUGAACAGUUUUUGAGUAUGAACCGCGGCAUCGACGCGGGCGAAGAUCUCCCUGCCGAGUUUCUGACGAUCAUCUAUGACAAUAUCAAGGCAGAAAAGUUUCAGAUUCCAGACGAGGGCAAGGGCUUGGAUGUCUUUGUAAACUCGGAAAAAUCGGGCUGGUUGACGAAAGAAGGCGGUCGGGCAAGGACCUGGAAGCGUCGUUGGUUUAUUCUCAGCAACUCUUGCCUCUACUAUUUUGAAGACCCUGAGUCGGCCACGCCCAAGGGGACCAUUCCUUUGGAGAGCCUCACCGUUUACGAGGAUCCAAAGAAACAAUUCUGCUUUAUCAUUGGACCAGACAAACAUGAGGGUGCCAGCCCGAUGAAUGUGAAGGCGGCCAAGGUGAAGAGCGGCAAGCUCGUGCAAGGUCGCCACACGUCAUAUCGUAUAUGUGCUGCUGACGAGGAAUCAAUGCAAUCGUGGAUCCGAGCGAUCCGAGCCGCCAUGACCAAGGAUCCCUUGUCAGAACUGUUCAAGGCCAAGAAAUUGCACGUCAAGUCACCUAUGGCGUGAAGCGCCGAACGAGGAACCCUUUGCGGCGCGCUGACCCCUCCAAUUCAAUUUUUUAAGC